CCACACAUUAGGAAGAAAAAAAUUGCGAACCCAAUCUGUGGACGGUUAGACCCAUAACGGAAUCCAAACUCCCACAGCAGACAAUGGCUCUUCUCGGCGACGACGGACGCGGCUACGACCUAGCUCGGCUGCUAGAAUCAUGCGGUGUCUGGAGAGAAUGGCUCGGAGAUUCCACCUACGCCUCUUUCGUCCAUUUCCUCUCAUCUCCUUUGGCUUGGGAAUCCUUCAUGCGCGUUGACGACUCUAAGUCUAGGGCUCAGAUCCAUCUCCAGCUCAGAUGUCGUGCCCUCUUGUUUGACAAAGCCACCGUCGCUCUCUUCCUCAGAUCCCACCCUACCACCGCCGCCAAUAAUUCUUCUUCAUUCGCCGUUUCAAAGCUUAAUCCUAAUUAUUUACAGUUGCACGGUGAUGACGUCUACUUUACUUUCGAGGCUCCGUCUCAGGAUGGUGGUGCUGCAUCUAAUACGGCACCGUCGAAGUCUAAACCAUCUUUUAGUGCUGGAUCGAGGUAUGGAGAAUCGGAAUUUGAUAGCUUAUCCCAGAGAUAUAGGCACGAAGAGUUGCCGGAAAAUUGGUAUAAUCAAUUUAUUGAGAAGUACAGACUUACAAGACCUUAUAAGCUGUCUUUUGGGGACCGGGAGUCUGAAAAACGUACACCAGAGGAGAUGACUACGUACCUUAGAAUGCUUGAGAAGCAUAAGAGAAGACGUGUAGCAUUUCAGGAAGAUCAGUACAUGGGAUAUGGAAAUACUGGUCUAGAAUCAAGUUCCGGCUUAGAUGGCAAUAAUUCAGCUGAUGAUGACACCCCUUUUUUCCCUGAAACAAUGUUUAUGAUGAACUGUGUACCUGAUAGUCCGCUUCCACCAACAACCAGAGUGCGGGAUAAGAAGGCAAUAGAAUUCUACGGUGUGCUUGAUACUCUACCGCAGGUUUCAACCCGAAGCCCUGUUAUGAUCGAGAGGCUUGGGAUAAGGCCUGAGUACCUUAAUAUGGAACAGGGUGCAAACAUAAAUCGUGGGAAGAAUCCCAAGAAGCAUCUUAGUCAGGAACAAGCGUCACAGAUUGCUCGAAAGGUUAUAGCACGGUUACUAACUGGUGUUGGGUUUGAAGGUGCCACAGAAGCUCCAGUGGAAGUCUUCUCUCAGUUUCUUAGCUGUCAUAUGUCUAAACUUGGUCGUAAUCUAAAAAUUCUUACUGAUAAUUACAGAAAACAAUGUACAGCAAUUGAACUAAUCAGGAUGUUCCUUCAAACAUCUGGAUAUAGCAACUUUGGGGCUCUAGCUGAACUUGUCAAGGAUAGUACCAGGAACUUAGUGCAACAAACUCAGCAACAAAUGCAUGCAAUCCAGUCUCAAUUGCAGCCACAGCACCAAAAUGCUCUUCGAAUGGCCCAGCAACUUCAAAUGACCAGACAGAUGCAUCCACAGAUGCAGCAGAUGGUUCAUCCUCAAAACUUAACAUUUCAGCAGCAGCAGCAGUUUGAUAGAAUGAUGAGGCGCCAUCCAUCCACUGCUCGUCCUGUUAUGGAUAUGGUGGAUAAAGAUCGACCUUUAGUGCAAGUUAAGCUUGAAACCCCAUCGGAGCUGCCCAUGGAUAAUAAUGCAUUUAAUCCUAUGAAUACCAGACAUCAGCAAAUGCAGUUCCGUCAGCAGCAAUUUGCUGCAAUGUCAAAUCUGCAUUCUCAGCCAAAUAAUCAGUUCAGGCAGUUGAUGUCUCCACAAAUUCCUCAAACACCGAAUAUGGGCAUUGUUAGAGCUCCUCCGGUGAAGGUCGAAGGUUUUUCGGAAUUGAUGGGGGGGGAUAGCAGUUUGAAGCAUGAAGUGGAGGAAAAUAAGCUGACCUCGCCCAGCAGCACCACCAAGUAAGUACAUUUCCGAGUACAUGUAUCAGCUUAUUUCGACAGUACGAGUUUCACUAAUAUGUUUUGCAUAUUUUUUUGUUAGAAAGAUAAGAUUUUAGUUUUUACUUUGUUCAAAGAAUUGUAUUUAUGAUCGUAGAGGUCUGAAUUAAUGACUGACAUGAAAAAUGUAUUUCAAUUUGGGUUUUUUCUUUAA